AUUCGAGACCGAGAAAGGACCAAGGAAACAUAGCGCAACGAUGGGGUCGCAAAGAAUAUUGAAGACCACCAUGCAUGCCGCUAGGCACUUCAACAAUACCAACAGCUCCACGAGUACGACGAGUACCACGGCCGCGCCCCAAUACGGCUACUACGAUACGCAUACACACAGCAAUGUCAAUAUCCUUCUUGCUGGAGUUUUCCCAGUUGACGUUUCACAUUUCUACCCGGGAUCUGUCGGGAACGUGAAACGCACCGGGCACUCUCCCGCGCGAGCGUCUAAACGUCGCUAUCUAUAUCGGUUUGCUUUUGACGGCGCAAUCAGCGGCGUGAUCUUGGUGGUGCUGAUUCUGUGCUACUGCUGCCACAAAAACGUUCGGAAGCAUCGGCAACACGAGAACUCGCAGCAUCGGAGAGUCGAGCCGGACGACCACAGCCUGGAGGUCUUCGCGAUGGAUGGGAACAAUCGCAUGUUACACGAGUAUUUCUCCGAGAGAUCAGCCAGCCAGACGUCUCAUUCGGCGUGUUUCGUGACCUCGGAACCACCGCCGACCUACGAGAGCAUCUUCGACCCGCAGGCAGUGCCUUCGCCUAUCGACAAGAAAGACGAAUCCGAUGAUUUCGCCAGCAUUAUCGCGCCGCGUACGGGCAGCUUCCCCACCGAGUUGGAGGCCAACUGGAUCAACAAGCGAGAAGAUGUCCCGAGGGACGACCAAGGUCUGCCUUCCUACGAGGCCGCCCUAAAAUUGGAGUCUGACGGCUACGUCUAAGGGAUUACGCCCAAGAAACACCGAUUCGCCUCCUCGCUGCUCCUCCGCGAAAAUCAUCGAAUCGUGAACACCCUCACGGGAGGAAUAUUUUUGGAAGUGACACGUGACCGGCGACGCGUGGACGCUAUUUUUUAACGGACGUUAAAUAUAUAAUAAUAUAUAAUAGUCACUAUAAUAGUCAACAAGUGGGGCUGUAUAAUUGUUAUCAUUCUUUCUACUCACGGGACGAU